GCCUCGAGUUGUGUGCCUCAACCUACUGGUAUCCACCAUCAGGUUCAGCCAGAUACUGCUGCUGGUUGGGUCGCCGACAAUUUCUUUGCUGCAGCCGCCUCGGCAGCCAUCAACCCCUUGCCAACCGGCUACGUCUCGAGCUUUGUCAACUUGAACGCCUCGAACUCGGCCGACAAGUACUUGGGUUACACCCUCAUGACCUCCUACGAUGCUGCUGGGUGCGCAGCCAAGUGUUCCGCUAUCAGUGGUUGCAACAGCUUCAACCUCUACUUCGAGCGAGACCCCAGCGUGAACCCGGACGAUGCUACUUGCUCUAACCCUCCCUCAACUGUUCAAGUCAAGUGUGUGUUCUGGGGCGGUGCCGUCACCACAGACAAUGCCAAUAACUACGGCCAGUGGCGCAACAAGUUUCAGGUCUUGGUCGCUGGAAGCAACGGUUUCAUCAACUCUACCUAU